UGAGGAGCUCUGGGGAGUCUCAAAGUUUGUGUCUGGAGCGGUAUUGGCAAGUGGGCUUAUUGCGAAGGGAUUUUCUUGAGAUGAGAGCUUAUCUCCUGCCUUCAUUUUGGAUACACACUCUGCUUUAACCCCUUCAGCCUUCAGUCUGAUCCCUGGACAGCCUGUCUCCCCCGGGGAUUCUCACAUCUCCGUGGACACCGGACGGGAGCCCCCAGGCAGAGGAGCGAACGUUUUCCUUCUUAAGUGCAUAAGCUACACUCACACGCACACACGCACGCACACAUAGACACACACGCAACACACGCGCGCGGAGCCGGAUCGCCCUCGGAGGCGGCUCUGCCCGCUCCCCUCCUGCCCUCAGCAUCCUCGGCCCAGCGCACCUCGGACCAUCAUGGAGGUGCUGGAGAGCGGGGAGCAGAGCGUCCUGCAGUGGGACCGCAAGCUGAGCGAGCUGUCAGAGCCCGGGGAAACCGAGGCUCUCAUGUAUCACACGCACUUCUCAGAACUUCUGGAUGAGUUUUCCCAGAACGUCUUGGGUCAGCUCCUGAAUGACCCUUUCCUCUCAGAGAAGAGUGUGUCGAUGGAGGUGGAGCCAUCGCCAACGUCCCCGGCGCCUCUCAUCCAGGCUGAGCACAGCUACUCCCUGUGCGAGGAGCCGCGGGCCCAGUCACCAUUCACCCACGUUACCACCAGUGACAGCUUCAAUGAUGAUGAAGUGGAAAGUGAGAAAUGGUACCUGUCUGCAGACUUCCCAUCAACAACCAUCAAGACAGAGCCGAUUACGGAUGAACCACCCCCAGGACUCGUUCCCUCUGUCACUCUGACCAUCACAGCCAUCUCCACUCCUUUUGAAAAGGAGGAACCUCCUCUGGAAAUGAAUGCUGGGGUUGACUCCUCGUGCCAGACCAUAAUUCCAAAGAUUAAGCUGGAGCCUCAUGAAGUGGAUCAGUUCCUAAACUUGUCUCCUAAAGAAGCCUCCGUGGACCACCUGCACUUACCGCCCACCCCACCCAGCAGCCACAGCAGUGACUCAGAGGGCAGCCUGAGCCCCAACCCACGCCUGCACCCCUUCGGCCUGCCCCAGACCCACAGCCCGGCCAGAGCCGUGGCCCGGGCCCCGUCGGCCCUCUCCAGUUCUCCUCUCCUCACAGCGCCUCAUAAACUGCAGGGAUCAGGCCCACUGGUCCUGACAGAGGAGGAGAAGAGGACCCUGAUUGCUGAGGGCUAUCCCAUCCCCACCAAAUUGCCCCUGACAAAAUCAGAGGAGAAGGCGCUGAAGAAAAUCCGGAGGAAAAUCAAGAAUAAGAUUUCUGCCCAGGAAAGUAGGAGAAAGAAGAAAGAAUACAUGGACAGCUUGGAGAAAAAGGUGGAGUCUUGUUCAACUGAGAACUUGGAGCUUCGGAAGAAGGUAGAGGUUCUAGAGAACACCAAUAGAACUCUCCUGCAGCAACUACAGAAGCUUCAGACUUUGGUCAUGGGCAAGGUUUCGCGCACCUGCAAGUUGGCCGGCACGCAGACUGGCACCUGCCUCAUGGUCGUUGUGUUAUGCUUUGCCGUUGCAUUUGGCAGCUUCUUUCAGGGCUACGGGCCCUAUCCUUCUGCCACCAAGAUGGCUCUGCCCAGCCAGAAUUCCAUGUCGGAGCCGUACACAGCCUCCGUUGUGAGAUCCAGGAACCUGCUGAUCUAUGAGGAACACUCUCCCCUGGAGGAGUCGUCCACCCCAGGCUCGGCCGGGGAGCUUGGGCACUGGGACCGAGGCUCCUCCCUGCUCAGGGCUUCAGGGCUGGAGUCCAGGCCAGACGUGGAUCUUCCUCAUUUCAUUCUCUCGAAUGAGACCAGCCUGGAGAAGUCAGUGCUGUUGGAGCUGCAGCAGCACUUGGUCAGUGCCAAAUUGGAGGGUAACGAAACACUAAAAGUUGUAGAACUCGACAGAAGAGUGAACGCCACCUUCUAAAGAGGCAGUCCCCACCUCCUCCUUUCUCUUCACUCUACUUUUAUGUCCCCAAACCACCUUGGUCAUAAGCUUUUUCUUUUUGUCACCCAAUUUGGAUGAAGACAUGUACGAGCAGUCGUGGCUUUGGAUGGAAGGACAGCCUACGAUUUCCACCUGCAGUGACGGCACCUUCCUCAGCAGCAGCCCCAUGUCCCCCUCUGCAGAAGGGGGUCUGGCAUCGCUCCCUCCCUUCCGCUUACUGCCAUAGAAAGUUAUUUUAGGGUCAGGGGUGGGACAAGCCGGCUUGUUUCUACCGAUAGUGCCAAAAAGAUGCCGCCUGGUUCUCACCUGGGAGGUUUUGACCACCUCUUUGAAGAAAAGAUGACUGUUGUUCAUUUAAGACCCCAGACUCUCGCCACAAAGACACCAGGAUGCCUGUUGGGAUCUGGCAAAGCCCCGACAGAUGUCCUGCCUUCCUCAGCCUGGGUCUCUGGUGUGUCCACCCCCAUCAACCCUGGAAGGCCAGGGCCUCCAGUGAGCACCCCCUGCCGCCAUGCCCUUUCCAGCCCUCACCGAUGUCCUCCCGGCACUGGAGCGCGGGCUCCCCCUUCAUAUUCUCAGGCCGCACGUGCAAUGCCUGAAGGAAUCAGGCUCUUCUACUCCAGGCAAACCUGCCCCAUCUUAUUGCUUGUAGGACUUCUCCAUAACCUGUGUCCCCACAUCCCAUAGUUCUGCCUCCCCGGCUUCUCCUCCCCAUUUGUAAAUAGUAUUUAUUAGCUUGCUGAGGCUUCCUGCACCACCACACUGAAGAGAUCUGAUGCCUCCCUCCAAGCCAGCGAAGUCUGCUGUUGGCCUUUGGAGCUAGGAGGACACCCUGGGCUCUGGGACCCCCAAUCUUUCUAGGCCAUGUUUCAUUUCCUUUUCUUUUUCCUUUUUUUUUUUUUUUUUUUACUGGAGGCCUGGGAUUACAGUUGGGAAGUCCCCUUACGCCUGUGUCCUCCGAUGGAAUGAACGCGGAGGGAGAGAUGUAGCAGUGCCGUGCUCAGGCCUGUGGCUCUGUGGCCAGAGGCUUUUUCUGUCCUGUGCCCCUAACAGAGAAGGGAAGCCCUGGCCCUGACAACAGGCGUUUCGGCAACCUUGCUGGCUUGUCUCUCCACGCCUGCUCCUGGUCCCUCCUGCCCACCUCCCCAGGCUCUUCUGCUUUCUCCUCCUCUUCUGCCUCAACACAGGGGUGGGCCUGAGGCCUGGGGUCGGAGUAGGUGGCGUUCGUGUCUCCAGUCUUACCUUCCGUAGUCAGGUUUGGCUACUUCACAGCUCACCCAAAGAGAUACAACCUAACCCCCAACCUACUUUUAUAGUUUUUAAUGAUUAAAGUAACUUUUGUAGUUUAAAAAAAUCUUUCCUUUUUCAUACGAAUAAGAAAUGGAAAUUGCCUUUUUAUUGUAUAAUGUAGAUACUCCUCUUAAAUGUUUUUCCUUAGCUUGUAAAAGAUUUUGUAUAGGGAACUUGCUUACAUUUUGUAUUUUAUUUUUAGUACUAGCUGAAGGGCCUUUAACUCGACCCACCAACUGCAUUGUCAUUGGAAGCUUUACUUAGGAGGGAUUAAGCCCAUGCCUGGGCCUUCCCUUCCAUAUCAGAUCCAGGAUUUGGUGUCGUUAACAUUGGCCAUGAUACCUCGUAAGCAGAUCCCUGCUUUGUCUGCCUAGGUACACUUGGGGCUCACUGCGAGUGGUUCCUCUCUCUGCCUGCGGUGAUGGAGAGAGUUCCAGACUGGGAGAUGGCCAAGUUCAUCUUCUCGGCAGUGUGUGAAAGCAGAUCGGGACUGCACUGGUCCUGGCAGCCCUGCUGUCUGCACGGUCCUCACUGUCCACUGCGUGGGUCAGGGAGGGCUGAGACCGCCUGAGCUGUGUGCGAGGAGGGGAUGCUAGCCCGCCCCCCGCCCCGUCCCCACACCUGCUUCUGUCUACUUCCUUCUCUCCCGCUGUUCUGCUCUAGGUCCUCCUGGGCUUAAGUAUCAGGCACAGGCAGCCUGUGGGGGCCUAAGGAGGCAAAACGAUAGAAUUAACUCAAGUAGUAUUUGGACAAUGAGAAGGGAAAGGUUUCAUAUUUAGGGGCAGAAUUGUGAGAAUGGAUCAGCCUGCCCACCUGCCACAACUGAACCAAAUGGGGUUUUUAAGGCUCCUGGAUUAGCCAGAGUGGAAAACCUGCUCUUCAGAAUGAAGGAGGAGGGGAAGGGCGGUGAGCUUCUAGCUCCUUCUAGCUCGAGGAUUUCGUUUUUCUCCCCUCCUACCUAUGCUUGAUCUCACUCUCUCCAGACCUCCAAGAGCAGGGUUUUCUCUCUGGGAAACUAUUCUUCCAGAACUGAAUCUGUUUUCUAGGGACCUGGGACACCAGCCUGAGAGCUCAAGUGGCCAUUUUAAGGGGGUUCUAAGAACCGACAUUCUGCCCUCUUCUCCUUGCGUGGGUGAGAAGAGGAAACUAAACAGUUAUCUCUUCAGGAGGACGUAAUGAGGUCAAGAGGGCACAGAAGAGUUGAAUAAUACCAAAUUGUGUCAAAUAACUAAUGGAUGGGUGCACGUCUUCUGUUCUAGGGUUCAGCCCUGAAUAUCAGCAAAUUUGUUUUCCCCCAAGAGCAGUCCCAUAGACUAGUCAGUCACACCCCUUAGUCUCGAUGAUUCCAAAUAGUAGCAGACGUCGGCUUCCAAACUUCAGUUUCAAAAAAUACGAGACCGUCAGCACGACCAUAAGCCAUAAAGAAUAAAUAUGUUAGUUAAAAUAUAGAUUAGUUAUAUUUUUCAUCAUGUAAACAAGCUUUCUUCUUGCCUUUCAUUGAUUACCCUAGUGAAGGAGAUGUCUUGCAAAAAUUCAGAGAACAAAUGCUUUUUUGCUGGAGGAGACCUGAGUAACCCAGACCCCCCAGCGUGGUUCUUUUCACAGUUCUCGGCUUUGCACUUAGAAAUGGAUACUGCAAACGAAAGGCCUCGGGGCCAGUUUGAAGAAGGAGUUUCUGUGAAGCUUUGGGACUCUGGAGCCUAGCUCGCAGAAAGAGAGUGUUAUAUAAAAAUCGGACAGCUGGACCAAGUUGCUCCUUUUGGGCAGGAGGUGGGAGUGAGGUUUGACACCAGUGUAGGCAAAAUUCGAUAACCUUUUGGUUAAUGUAAAUGAUUUUGAUUUGGAGACUUAAUUUGUAGGUUGUGAAAGUGGCUUUUAGCUCAACUUGUUUACAAACCAGCUGUAAAUACCAUGUUUUUUGCUUCCUAAAUCUCUCGGUUUAGCCUGAAUGCCAGAAGAGGGCUGUGAAUCUCAUGUGCCUGUAGAGUGGGAGUGUUGGAUUGAUUUGUCUUCAUUCUGGCAGUGAGCUGGUGUCCAGGAUUUUUGUCACAAGCGUUUCAUUAAAAUUUUUCAGCAUUUCAUGGCUUCUUCCUCCCAUGUCCUCAGACCAACCGAAACCAGAAAGACAGGCCCUCCCAGGGCCAGCUCGCCUGAACACACAUGUCCUAUGGGAUGUGUACUUGAACAGGAGGCGCAAAUGGAGACAUCCCGCCCCCUGUUGAGGAAAUGCACCAUCCAUGCCAGUCUUGCUAACAUGGGUAGAUCGGAGGUGGAGCAGAAGGUUUUCAGCCUCCCCUCGUCUGCAGGAGUCAGGAGUUUGGUUCCGUUGAAUGCAGUCUUUGAGAAGUUUCAUUAAAGACACCAGCACUCAUGCCUGCAGUGCUGGCUGGACCUGUGGAAUCGUGAACAGGCAGUGCCCUGGUGAGAAUCCAAUUAUGUGAAUGCUUUGCAGCAAAGACAAUUAGGAGACAUGGGGUAGGAUAAACCCCUCUGGGAGGGCAGUUACAGCAGAGAGUCGGGGCUAUGGAGGAGCCAGAGACAGAUCUCAGGUUUUUCAUUCAUUCAUUCAUUCAUUCAUUCAAUGAGUCGGUCACUCACUCCUGAGGAAGAGUGCUGCAUGAGGCCCUAGGGACUAUUGAGGAAUAAGGGGGCUGAGGAAACUUCAUUGAUCAAUAGAUACUCAAAAGACACAAGAGCUAGGUCUCUCUCUCUCACACACACACACACACACACAUUCCUCCUUGUCUUGGACACUCCUUUGUGCCUUACAUGUGCCUUAUAUAUGAAUCCAGGAUGACCAAGGACUCCUUUGUCCCUGGGAGAUUUUAUAGAUAGCCUUGCAGAAUUCGAUUGAAGUGGGUGUGGGAGAAGGAACUUGUUUCAAAAGGCUCAAAAAUGGUUUCCUAAAAGUGAACCAUGAUCAGAUUUGCACAUCAGGAGAAAAGACAUGGGGUUCUGCCCAUGAGGAAAAUCCCGUUUAGUAGAAGUGCAAUCACAUCAAAAAUGGCCAGCCGGGAUUAAAGAUAUUAUAAAUUCUCAUAGCGGAACAUUUUUCUCAGUGCAAAGGAACCUGGCUCAUUUGAAGAUGAAUGGUCGAUGCCUCUGUGGCCAAGGGAUCAUCACUUGCCACAGGAAAAAACUAGGCGUUAUUUUGUUUUGUGAUUUUGAGCAACAUAAAAUUCAGGAAUGCUUUAUUUUGUCUUGGUUUCUAGAAGGAAGGGGAAUAAUAUUUCGUGAGCAUUUACUAAGUGCUGGGUGUUGUGCUAAAUAAGUUUAAGUCUUUCAAUUUUAUAGAAAGAGAAAACAAGGGCAACUAGUUACUAUGAGAUGAGUAAACAGCUAAGUGUCAUGGGAAGUGCAGCAAUUUGUGGAUUAGGGUGAAUGGAUUCCUAUCUGUGAACACCCUACAAACUUUAAGGUUCUCUGGGCGGGAAAUGCAGUGUCUGCUCCCUGUGCUGGCCCCGCUGUGCAAUGCUUGGUUCUUUGCCUCAUGCUGGAGAUGGCCACCAGAUGCUUAUCUCCUGUGUUGUUCAUCCAGUCUUCUGUGAGUUCCAGCUAGCAGGCUUUGCAUCCUGGAAAAGAAAAACCAGCAGUUUUAGCUCUCUUUCUCUGCUCUUAUCCUUUGCUCACCAGCUGGGUCCAUAGUACAAAAACAUGAACUUUUUGCACCAUGGACCCAUGGCCUACACAGUUUAGAAAAAUCUCCCUUUCAGAUAGAACGCUUUGUGAGUCAAUGGAAAACACCAGCAGUCUUUGACAAAUUGUGAGUGACCCUUUUUAAACAAUGCUGAGCAGGCCCUGGGCUAUAAUCAACCGUGAGCUUUAAUAAUACGCUGACAGGCUGAGUUUUCUUCUCUUUUGUAACAGGUUAUAUAGACCAGCAGUGUUUAAGUCUAAAUACAUUCUGAGUCUAUUAUCUGUCAUAUUGUGCUGUUCUUUAUGGCUUUUUAUUCUUUAUCAUAGCUAAAUAAAUACAAAAAAAAAAAAAGCUUCGUAGAGUACUUGUAUUUAGUUUGGAAAAUGAAUUGGAAUUGUUAUGCUUUUGUAUUUCCAUUUCUUGCAAAUAAAAAUAUUUUUUCUUAAAUAGUAAAAUGCUGUCCAGUCCUAAAAAUCCUGGUCAUCUGGUUUUAAAAGCAUUUUGCCUUUUUUAUAAGUGUGGCUUUGCAUAUGUCUGCCUAAUUUGCGUAUGUCUGCGUUUCCUGAUUAUCUGGUCGAACUGAAAGAAGCGUCUCAAACUGGCAGUUUGUAUGUUAUCUCGUACUGAAUCCAGGUCUCAGUUGGAGGAAUGUUGAGGAGUGUAAUUGUUUUUCAGUCAGUCACUGGAAGCAAAGCAGUGCUCUCUAGAGAUUGAUGCUGCCUGACUGCUAUUUUCGUUGUCUCCUACAACUGUUCCCUAACUGGAUUUCAGAACUCUGUGGAUUUGAUUUUGCUUUCCCCAUAUCGGGAUGCUGGAGAAUGAUGGCUUGGACUUGAGCCAGAAGAGAAGGAUCCUUCUUCCUAUGAACCAUUGCAGAGGACGCCUCACGCAGAUUCAUGCUCCAGAAAUUCGGAUGAAAUAGUUGAUAAAGGUCAAUGCGCUCAACCAGAAUCAUCUUCAUUCCAUUGCAAUCUCUGCAUUCAAAUUUAAUUUUCUCCUCUCAGAGGGAGUGGGGCUUCAUUUAGCUUCAGAGAGAGUACCCAGGAUGUUAGAGACUGAGGCCAUGAACCAUGCUUACCUGGAAAAAAACCCUUUUCUUUCUUAGCAGCAUGCCUAACCGUGCUUUGGGCUCGGGGGUGCACUAAUCUCCCACUGCCUUUCCCCUCUGAGCACCUUGACCUUCUCUUCUUCUGUUCCCAUGCCAGGGGCCUUUCCCUGUGGAGUCUUCUAGUAACACAUCUUCCCUCUUUCUUUCUUCUAUUGGGAGCCUGUUAUGGAAGCCUUCUCCUCGACAUACUGAUACCGUUCCAGUGAUGUGUAGAGGGGGCAAAUACUGAUUUGAGAACAUCCUGUAUUAACCAUGCCUUUAUAUUUUCUGUAUUUCUAAUGCUUUGACAUCUGGGGCCUUGCUGAUCCAGGUGGGACCGCCCUGCCCAGGGCUAGCCAAUUCCUAGAGAUAGUGAAGGACUUGCCUACAAGCACACCUUUUGAAUGCAAACUAAACAAUCAGCUCUCACAGGGACUACUGUUUCCCUGCCCUUGUCAUCCUGGAGCCAGGUAUCAGACAACUAGAGAUAGUCUCUAUGCCCCAGAGCCCCAUGAAAUGAUUCAAACUAGCCAGCCUAAGCCUGCUUACCUCGCCUCGCUCCUUCCUUCCUGCAGAAACCACAAUAGACUCUCUUGCCUACUUUUCCCCCUCACUCCCUCUGCCUCCUGACUGACCCUGGUGCUUCCUAUGUGGCCCUGCAUGGAAUGGCAUGUUCCCCCAUCUUGGGAACUAUGAGAAGCAAGCUGUGUUUUCAAUGGCAAUUGUCUCUUGAUCUGUUGGCCUCACCAUAUCUGAAUACUAAUAAAACCUAAAUUUUAAAGCAAAUUCCUUAGGUGUUGAAAUGACGAAUCAGAGGCUGAUCCCAGACUCGUGGGCAUUCUGGGUUUUCCUAAUGGGCCUACGUGAUUUAGGAUAAUAUAACACAGAUGUAUUGUUUCAUUUUUCACUGGAUGUCACUUUUGUUCUGUAGAAUAAAAUUGAGACUUGGA